AUGUCUGAGCAGCCGCAGAAGGUUUUGGGCAUGCCGCCCUUCGUGGCCGACUUCCUGAUGGGUGGUGUUUCCGCCGCCGUCUCGAAGACCGCCGCCGCUCCCAUUGAGCGUGUCAAGCUUCUUAUCCAGAACCAGGAUGAGAUGCUCAAGACCGGUCGUCUCGACCGCAAGUACAACGGCAUUGGUGACUGCUUCAAGCGCACCAUGGCCGAUGAGGGUGUCAUGUCCCUCUGGCGAGGCAACACUGCCAACGUCAUCCGAUACUUCCCUACCCAGGCCCUGAACUUCGCUUUCCGCGACAAGUUCAAGAAGAUGUUCGGCUACAAGAAGGACAAGGAUGGCUACGCCCUCUGGAUGGCUGGUAACCUGGCCUCCGGUGGUGCUGCUGGUGCCACCUCUCUUCUCUUCGUCUACUCCCUGGACUACGCCCGUACUCGUCUUGCCAACGAUGCCAAGAACGCCAAGUCCGGUGGUGACCGUCAGUUCAACGGUCUCGUCGACGUCUACAAGAAGACCCUCGCCUCUGACGGUAUUGCCGGUCUCUACCGUGGUUUCAUGCCCUCCGUUGCUGGUAUCGUCGUCUACCGUGGUCUGUACUUCGGAAUGUACGACUCCAUCAAGCCCGUCGUCCUCACCGGUCCCCUUGCCAACAACUUCCUUGCCUCUUUCGCUCUUGGUUGGAUCGUCACCACCGGUGCCGGUAUCGCCUCUUACCCUCUUGACACCAUCCGACGACGCAUGAUGAUGACCUCUGGUGAGGCCGUCAAGUACAAGAACACUCUUGAUGCUGCCCGCCAGAUCGUCGCCAAGGAGGGUGUCAAGUCCCUCUUCAAGGGUGCUGGUGCCAACAUCCUCCGUGGUGUCGCCGGUGCUGGUGUCCUGUCCAUCUACGAUCAGCUCCAGGUCCUCCUCUUCGGCAAGGCCUUCAAGUAA